AUGGAAUUGGACCUAGAUGCUGUUUCUCAAGCCUUGGAAAGACUUGUAGCACCAUCUACAUCUAAAAAUGGCUCAUUAUUGAAUAGUAGUUCAAAGACACCAUUGAUGUCUGCACAAGUAGAUACAGAGAAAACCUUUACAAGUACCUCAUUGGAAAGUAAUGCGAAACGAAAGGAAGCUCAGAAAGUUUCCACUACUUCAAAAAAAACUCUUGACUCAACUAGGAAUACACAGGAGAUUCUCAUAUCUCCUAGUAAAUUAAGGCAAGAGCGACGACCACAACAGAAACGAAGCACACCUUUUGUUCCUUCACCAAAUCAGAUCCCCUGUAGAAUAGUUGAAUCAAGUGGACUUGGAGCAUCUGCUAUAUUACUUAAAAGUACUUUGGCAGGUAAACGACAAGAAGAAAAGGUAUGGAGUACGAAUCUUUCCCAAACCCCACAACCCUAUUUUGUAUUGAACUGUCUCCCUAAGAAUUACCUUCGGAAAGAAGUUAUAUCGCAUGUUGCACCAACAAUAGAAUCUACAGGUACUCAUGUAGAACGAAUAAGAGAUAUUCUUCUUUCUAUAGCCUUUGAACCGAUCUAUGAUGGGUCAGAGGAAGUGGAGACACCGAUUGAACGACUUGUUAUAUCGUGCUCAAAUCAUCCACGCACUGGAUAUGUUAGCGUUCUUCGUGCAAAAGGGAUAGAAGGACGGUUAAUGCGGGCUAUUAUUCCAGGUACCUUAAUGGGACCUUUUUUGAAGGUGGUGCUAAUUCCUAAGGAUGCAGUACGUAUAAAAGUUGUUCGGGUAAGUACAAUAGAGAUUGCUUUUGCAGACAGUUGGUCAGAACGUCGUAUUAUUGAAGAAGCUUUGAUAUCUUCACAUGACAAUGAUGAAACUGAAGUUUCUGAUUAUAUAAAAACUUUACAAAAUAUGAGUGGAGAAAAAGUUGUAGAUGAAACUUAUGUAAAUAAGAAUGAUGCAGUAGAAAUAUUAAAAAGAGGAAAUAAUAUCGGAAGUUCUUCAUCUGUCAAUUCCUCAACUCAUAUUUCAACUGUUGGAAACCCUCAGGAGGAGGAGGAGGAGGAGGCUGAGAGUGUUGUAGACUCUUCUGAUAUUCAUAGACAACCUAGAUACAAGAAACAAGAAAAUGACGCUCCUGUUCAAACAGAUAUUCACCAAAGAAGAAGAAAAAAAUCCACUACAUUUGGUAAUACGCAAAUAUCCGGUAAACCUAUAAAAGAUUUUAAUUAUGAGAACGAUCUUGAGGGAACUAUAUUAUCUUCCCCAAAAGAGAAAGAACCCAAAUAUUUUACGGGAUCCAUGUGUACUGUAGAAAAUGAUAGUUCUAAAACAUUAAAAAAUUCGGUUGAUCCAGUAGUUCACGAUAGCGAUGCUUUUUGCCAAGAACGAAAUAUUUCUGAAAACAAUUCAACAGAAGGACGCAUAUCAAAAGCUUUGAUCGCGUGGAGUGUUAAGCAACGGCUUUUACAAGAUGAAAGUGUUAUGCAUUCUCUACGAGACGGAAGUGGUUCCCCAUAUGAAGCUAGAUCUUCUUCUUUCCCUUUAUGUGAUGAUAUCAAAGAGAGUUGUAGUGACAAAUUACCCAAUAUAAUUCAAACAAAACAAAAAUCGAUAGAAACACUUCAAGCAAGAAAUGUUUGGGAUGCAGUGAGUCACUGGAGUUAUCAUGAUGUUUUACUUGAAUCAAUGACAAACUCUUCAGCGUUCUGUGUUAGUAUUGCACAUACUUCCGAAGAGGUUCUCGCUUCCCUUCCUCAACCCUACGGCUUGCAACUGCUAUUUGUACUCACUAACGAAGUAGAAGGUUCAGUAAAAACUGAAACGGAUUAUUUUGAACUGAUGAUGAUGAUUGCUCGUGGAGAACGUCGACGUGGAUAUAAUGCUGAACUUUUAUUUCGCAUGACUGAUGGAUUUGUUUGUAAAUUGUAUUCACGCCGUGAUACGGAUAAGGAACCUCAGUGGUUAUUAGUUUCUGUGCAAAGUCGUUCAAUGGCAAUUAACGAAUGCUUAUCAGAGGCCCUAGGAGUGUAUGAAAAAAUUUUUCAGACACGAAAAAAAUCUCAGAAACAUGAAUUUAAUGAUACCACUAAGAAAGAUUCUAUAUCGAAUGAAGAAUUGAAUCUCUCUUUAAAAUUACCAGUAUUACGUUCUGUUCUUGAUUUUGCGUGUCUAUUUGAAGAUUUGUUACCAGUACUUAGAUUGUGGCUUUCUGUUGGUGAUAUGUACUACUAUGGUGAUGUUCAAUCGGUUUUCUGUCCAUUUAUCAAUGAUUGUGGAAUAAUUCAACCUUCUUGUUGGUUUCAUUGUAUAUUAAAAGGAGUAGUGCGAUCCGUUCUUUUAUCUCUUCCUGGUGCAGAACGACAGUCAACAGGUUAUGAAACAUUGCGUGAAAUGUCUCCCACAAAGCAGAGACGAUUAGCAUGUACAACACUUCAUAAAAGUAUCCCUUUUUGUGGAGUAUGGCAGUCACAUGUUCAUGCUGUAAGAAUUGUUCUCUCUAAUGCGCAUGCACUUCACCAUUUAGACUUACUUGAAGGUAUUUUGAUGAAUCAAUAUGAUUUUGCAAUAGCUGAAUCAUUGUGUCCAGAUUCACGAAGCAAAUUUGAUUUACUCAAAGAAGAUAGUACAACAGAGAUAUCUUCAUUUUCACCUAAUGCAAAGUUAACAACACCAUCUAAAGAUUCAGAAAAAACAAGCGUAAUGGCAUUUCAUACAUUAAGUAGAGCUCUUGAACGUUCUUGGUCCGUUGUAGGGAUUGUGUUACCAACAGAAACUCAUUUUAGUGAGGAUGCGUUUAUGGAUACAGUUAUUCGUUGGGCAUACGCCAUGCCACGUGUUAUUGUUAUUUUUUAUUGUGAUAAUGUAAGUGAUGAAUCAUCACCUCUUUUCUCUGCUGGUUUUGUGGAUGCCUUUGCCACCGUAAGUGAUCUGCGAACAGCCCUGAAACUGUGA